ACUAAGUGGUUUGUUUUGUGAACAGAGUGGGUCGCGCCUGAGAAUGCCUUUGGACGACUUCGACCCCAACUCGCAGGACAGCGGCAUCAGCUGCGGCAGCGGUAGCGGCAGCGGCAGUGGAAGCUUCGGCGGUUUUGACGACACCUCCAACAGCAAGGGGUUCCGCUUCGCCGAGCCGAGUGGUUUUGCGCCGCGCAAACUGAGCACCUGUGACCUGUCGGCGUCCUCUCCGCGUCGCGGCGCCGGAUUCCUGUCGCAGGCAUCCAACUCGAGUGGCGCACACUCGCAGUGCUCCAUCGAGUCGCUAGACGACAACUUUAUCGAUCUGUUGCAGAACGAUAAGCUGAUGGACGAUGAAAACGCGCAGCUUCCGUCGGGGUUGAGCAGUCUGCUGACUGAUCCCAUUCUGCGACAUGGUGACGAGAAUGCCCGCGCGUCCCCCGCCCUCAGUCCCAACAACUCGCCCUUCACACUCAGGGGCCCAAUCAGCUUCCGUCGCUGCCUCUCCGAAAACAUCAACAAUCUCAACACUAGCGUGGAGGACUUUGUAAAAACGAAACGUCCCCUGUGCAACUCACCGCAGUCGGCCGCCAAACGCAUGAAGCCGCUGCAAGACGUUGUCGCCGCCACGGUCACCCAUCCAACUGCUGCACCGGUGGUCGAGCACAAGAAGCGCACCCUGCUGGACCAUGGAUUCGUGAAGCAGCCGCGCAGUCUGCUCGAGGCUAAGAUCAACUAUGCGCUGUCUCGGUCCAGCGAGGAGGAGUUGAUUGGCGACUUCAGCCAGCCCUUCGUUCUGCCACUGGUCAAGGGAAGUCACGAAGACCUCAAGAACAUCUCCAGCGACACACUCGCUGAUCUUAUCAACGGCCGCUAUCACGACCAGAUCGCAACGUAUCAAAUCAUCGAUUGCCGGUUUCCUUACGAGUUUGACGGCGGCCACAUAAAGGGCGCAAGAAAUAUAUAUACAAAGGACCAGCUGGAAAAAGAGCUGAUCAAAUGUAAACCUUCGUUCGUCAACUCGAGCUUCAGCGGCUUCAACACCAAACGCCACAUCAUCAUUUUCCAUUGCGAGUUCUCCUCAGAACGUGGGCCUACACUAUCGCGAUUUCUGCGAGCACGUGACCGUGACUGCAACCGCGACAACUACCCAGCAUUGAGCUACCCUGAGCUGUACCUGCUGAACGGCGGCUACAAGGCAUUCUUCAACACGCACGCCGAGCUGUGCGAGCCGCGCGCCUACCUCAAGAUGACCGACCCGCGCCACGAGCGCGAUCUGCGCCUCUUCCGCGCCAAGUCCAAGACGUGGAGUGGCGACCAGAAGCACCGCCCCUCCAAACGACCAUCCUCCUUAGCACACUACCGACUGCACUGACACCUACUACGCUACUAGAUACCUACCUAUUCUUCUUCUUCAAGUCUAUCUUCAUUGUCAACUGUAAUGAAAUUUGUAAACAGCCAAGGAACGUUCUUCUUCUUCUUUAAAUCUUUUUUCAUUGUGAACGAGAACGAACUUUGACUAUUGAACAAGGAACUUUCUUCUUCGAAUCUAUUUGCAGAACAAACUUAGUCAAUUGAACAAGGAACGAUCUUUGAGUCAUCUUCAUUGUGAACAAGAAGGAGCUUUGUCAAUAGUACAUAGAGUGGUCUUCGAAAUUAUAUUCGUUGUAAACCGGAACAACUUUGUCACUCGCCCUUUGUUCGCGCUCUUCGUUACUUGCGAUUAAAAGAAGGAGCAGUACACAUGACUUGGAAUUGGAUUGAGAAAAUUGCUAGAUAAUUGAAAAAAGAAUCAGUGCUUGUGACUUGAAAUUCCGUUCGAGCUCAGAUUGAUUUCUUGCGUACUAGAGGAAGAAUCUCACAAAUUAAGCUUUCUCUCAAAAAUUAGUUGUUCUCUUCGGAAACAUGAGUUACAAACGAGCACAAAACAUGUCUUCUCCUCAAGGGAUAUCUUACUAUAUGUCCUCUUUUCUUCGGAAACGUGAAAUUCGCACGAGAUCAAAAGUAUGUUCAUCUCAACGGCCAUCUUUCCAAGUUGUGUGUGUUUGAGUAGAGCUACUUUUUAUCGCAUUGCCUGGAAAAUGGAUGCGUGAAAAUGUAGCUGGUUGUAAUAAUUAUUGUGUCAUUUCUCUGUUGUCAGUCAGGAUGGGUGAUUGUAUUUGGACGAAUGUGUUCUGGAUGAUGCAAUACGCGGCUACUUGUACAUUUUCUUGUAUUAUUUAUUAUGUCAGCUAGGAUAAGCAUUGCAAACUGAGCCAGUGUGCUCUCCAAAUUGAAUGUGAAUGUCAUGUUUAUGGCAUUAAAGUAUAAUGAAUACGAACGUUCGUCAAGAUUUCGAAUGAAUCUAAAAAUAGGUGAAGGUAAGUGAAUGUCAGUGAAAUACUUCGAGUAAUGGUGGAUAUUAUUCAAAUUUUGCGUUUAAGAUGCUGAAAAACUUCUCCCAGUGCAUCAAAUUUUGCCAACAUUUGUGCUGAAACGAUGUAGGGAUUUUUGUUUUUCGGUUACCUUAUUUAUUGUGAACUUGAAUCCUUUUAUAAUUCUAAGAUCGAAUUGAUGAAUUAAUAUUUUCAAACUUUAUUUUAAAAUUUGUUUUGUUACAUAAUACUAAAAUCUUGUUAAAUAACUCGUUACAAGAAUCAGUUUUCAAGUAUCCUGACUUAUUUGCACAAUGCAAUACGCAUUACCCCCUUAACGAAACUUCAGGAAACUAUAUAUUAGCUUAAUAUUAACUAAUAUUAUUUUAUUACUGAAAUCAGACUAAAAGCAAAAAAAUUGUUUCAAAUAAUGAAAAAUUGCAGAAUAAAAGAAAUAGGACUCAUGAACAAUAUAACUUGACAUUCUGUAAUAUUUAUCCAAUAAUAGAUUUUUUGCUGAGAUUCCACAACUGUUUGUUCCACUGGAAAUUGCUAGGUUGAAAAUUGAAAAAAUGUAUAGACAGAAUGGAGGUGAAAAUCAUGCUUUAAUCACUAAUAAAUAAUAAUAAACAUAACGUAUUUGAAAAUACCGACCAAUGAUAUACACGAAUAAUAGAAGUAACUUUUAAGUCAAAGAAAAAGAUAGAUAACUCAGUCUGUUUUAGAAAACGUAUUAUUUUAACCAACAAUUAAUAACUUUAAUAUUUAUAUAUUAUCAUGAACAACCUCCAUAAAAUUAUUAAAGAGUUUGAAACUCGUAAACGCUUCAUUAAUACUUGAUUUUUAUCCUCAAUUUAAACAUUGAUUAAUUAUUAUUCAGUUAUCAUUGCAUAAAAGUUAAUUUACAUCACGUUUGUUUUCAAAAAAUUCCAUUGUAGAUUCCAUUUAUAUAAAUCUGUAUUUCCUCUUAAAUUAUCUAAAAUUUAGAUAACCGUUUUAUUUAGUUUCUUCAUUUUUUAUUUGAAAUAUUAUUUUGAAGAGAGGCAAAUUAUAACCUAGUAUUGUACUUGGAUAUUUUUUUUCUUAAUCUUUAUUACUCUUCUCUUGAUGACUGUGAUGAAAACUUAUGUUUUAGACAUUGUUACUUUGCCUACGAUUUCUUUCAAGUUUCCGAAAUUAUAUUUUAAUACAGUUUUAUAAUUCUUAGAAUGAAAUUUCUCGUGUUUUUUCCAAUUAGAAACUUUUUCAUCGUUGUAAAAGCCAAGUUCUGGUUCAAGUAUUGAAAUUAAUUCUCUAGUUUUAUGCAUUUCUGUACAGUUUCAAAUUAGUUUUCUGUGAACAAAUUUGAACCAGUAAUAAUUUCUCAAAUGUUCUUAACUUGGUUUAACAUUUACCGAUUUUCUUAUUGUUAAUUUUAAAAAUAUCUAGAUUUAUUACAUUUUAUAUCAGAUAUCGGUAGUUAGUUAGCAUAGGCUACCAUCCAUCGAUUCAUUUUCAACCACCUAUUUUUCACUUUGUUUCUAUUUUUCUUCUUCUACAACUAUUUUAAUUGUUUGUAAUUAUUUGAGUAGUAUAAAGAAUUUUAAACAUCUACGAUUUUUUAAGGUUUGAAAUGUAUUAUAAUUAUUUAAUCAGAACUAAAUCAUGAUCAUUAUUAAUCUUGAUAUUAUAAAUAGCUUUCAAUAAUUAGACUAAACUAAAAAGCUGUCCGUCAAUAGUUUCAAAUUCUAGUAGGUUUCUGUUAAUAAAUUUUCUCAUUUUUGUCGUGAAGCAUAUUUAAAAAAUUCCAAAACAAAUUCUGUUAUAGCAUACCAUUGAAGUUGAUCAAAUUGAUAGUUGUCUGAAUACUAUAACGGCAUAAUUGACUAAUUGACUGUAAUUGUGUAAAAAUUUGUUUUUUGUUCAAGGCCCAGUUGCAUAAAAGCCUAAUCGUUAAAUUUUGAUCGUGAUUAAUUUCACGAGAAACAAUCAAAGAAGGCUUUAUCGAAAAGAAGGCUUCUCCGAUUAGUUUUCGUGUAAUUAAUCACGAUUAAAAUUCAACUGGCUAUUGUGCAACCGAUACCAAGAUUUGUAUGAAUGAGAGAGCAUGUCUAUUAUAUAAUCAACCGCACAAAAAUAGUCCGAUGGAAAUUGGAAUAGAUGAGUGCAACGAUACCAAAUAAAAGUUGAUCAAUGUUGUCCACAGCUGAUAUUUAUAAAUGAGAAUAAAUAAUAAUAUUUUUAUACAUCUGACGAAUUGGCAACGUAUAUUUUUGCGGGGGGUUGGGUGAGUUGUAACUCAUCUGUUACAAUUCCUACCGUACUAUUUUCGUGCGGUUGACUAUUAUAGUUGCGGAGCCAAUGAUUAUUAUCAGUGCGAUUGUUAUGUGAGGGACCGCUAUGUUUGUGUGCUUGCGUAUGAGUAUUCCUGAAAAGACUGUUAUUGGAAAAUCAACAGUGAUCUCAAAAGCUCACAACACUGCAUUGAUACAAUUUAUUAAAUCAUUCUUUUCCAAAAUCGAUUGUGUUCGUUCACUGAACGAACGCUCUCAUCCAUAUUUUUGUGCAAUUCAACAAUAGGUAAUAAUAUAUUUAAAUUUAAUAGACUAGAUAAAUAUAUAAUUUAUAUACAGAGAUUAUAUUGUAAUAUUACUAGGACAAUUCGAGUUGUCCUACUAAUGAAAUUAUUGUGUUUCAAUUUUUUCUAUACUUUUCAGUAAAUAAAUUUUGAUAAUAUAAAAA